UGGUAGGAUCACAUGACCGUGACGUCAGGUCCUUUCGUAGGAUAGGAACUAGCCGCUACCAUAACAAUUUAGAAAGCAGAUUUCCCAGUGCUCCUCGCGCUCGCGUCGCACUGUGAUUACGUAGCGCUGAGCAACGAGGGCGCUAUGGCCUGGCUGUCUGCGCAUGCGCAGUUCUCUUUGAGUUCCGGUUGCUGAUGUAAGAGGUGGAAACCGGCUAUUGCUGACAGUGAAUAGGCCUGAGCGGGUGACUUGAUCGCUGAACGGCACAAGGGAGGAAGCUGUAGGGACUGCGGAGGUUUAUUGUACAGCCGCAAUGUCUGGAGACGAGAUGAUUUUCGACCCGACUAUGACCAGAAAGAAAAAGAAGAAGAAGAAGCCUUUUAUGUUGGAUGAAGAGGGAGCAGAGCCACAAACAGAAGAGACACAGGUACCAGAGACUAAAGAAGAAGAACCAGAACCACCAGAAGAUAAGGAUUUGGAUGCUGAUGAUGAGUCCUUUAGAAAGAAAGCAGAUGCUCCUGAUGACCUAAAUUUCUUGAACCAGAAGAAGAAAAAGAAGAAAACAAAAAAGUUUGACUUGGAUGAAGCAGAGGAAGGGGUGAAGAACCUUAAAAUUGAGGGUGAAGUUCAGGAGGCAUCUGAAUCUCAGGAGGAUGAUGGAUUGGAUUUCAUGCUGACCAAGAAGAAGAAAAAGAAGAAUGUGAAAUUCCUAGAAGAGGACGAUGCGCUAGAUGGAGAUGAAGCUUUUGAAGAAGAAGACAUUAAGAAAGAUGAUGGAAUCUCCUUCAGCUCCCAGCUGGGACCUACAUGGGCUGGCUCAGAAAGGGACUAUACAUAUGAUGAGCUGCUAAACAGAGUUUUCAACAUCAUGCGAGAGAAGAAUCCAGAUAUGGUGGCUGGGGAGAAGAGAAAGUUUGUUAUGAAGCCUCCUCAGGUUGUCCGAGUUGGGACAAAGAAAACUUCAUUUGUCAACUUCACUGAUAUCUGCAAACUUGGCUCUAUAGAUGGUAACAACCAGUUAGUCAUCAAAGGCAGAUUCCAGCAGAAGCAAAUAGAGAACGUUUUAAGAAGAUACAUCAAGGAAUACGUGACUUGUCACACCUGCCGAUCGCCAGACACCAUCUUGCAGAAGGACACCCGAUUAUAUUUCCUCCAGUGUGAAACAUGUCAUUCGCGGUGUUCCGUGGCCAGCAUCAAAACAGGAUUCCAGGCAGUCACAGGCAAGAGAGCACAGCUCCGUGCCAAAGCCAACUAGCGGGCUUGAAAACCGUUUGGGAGUUUGCCCGACUGGUACAAGGAUGUAUUGCAGGAACUUGCUGACGGGGCGCAGUACCCUGGCAUUAUAAGGAAUGCUGUGAGAAGAGGCCUAAAACAUAUUGGCUAAAAGUUUUUUUGUUUUUUAAAAUCGUUGUUCACGCAGAGAGAUUCAAAAGCAGACGAUGGAGCUGAUUGUUCUAUUCACAUAUCGCUCUCGGAAAACAAAUUUCUCAGCUGCCUGAGGGGAAAGUGGGAAGGUAGUGUAUGCAUUUUUAACCAAACCUCUGUAAAAUGCAAAAAUACAUUAAAGUUAUUACAUGAUUCACAGAA